AUGGCUCUCAACAGAAAGAUUACUUUAAACACUGGCGCUGAAAUGCCUCUCGUCGGUCUCGGUACCUGGCUAUCCAAGCCUGAUGAAGUAAGAAAGGCUGUUAAGUAUGCUCUUGAAACCGGCUAUCGUCAUUUGGAUUGCGCCUAUGUCUACCGUAAUGAAGAUGAGGUGGGUCAAGGUAUCCGUGAAUCCGGUGUGCCUAGAAGUGAGAUUUUUGUCACAUCCAAGCUCUGGAACACACAUCACCGCAAGGAAUAUGUUAAGUCAGCUGUAAAGGCAUCUCUUGAAGCAUUGGGUCUCGACUAUCUCGAUCUUUACUUAAUUCAUUGGCCCGUGUCCUUUAUUAACACUGGCAAGCCUGAAGAUACUCCUGUUGUACCUACCAUGGAUUACUUGAUCCCUAAGAAAGAUGGCGUCGUUCAAAUCGAGGAAGUAGAUCCUAUAGAGACUUGGAGGGCCAUGGAAGAGCUCGUUGAACAGGGGCUUGUCAAGGCUAUUGGUCUCUCCAAUUUCAACAUUCAAAGGAUCCAGCACAUAUUAGAUCACUGCAAGAUCAAGCCAGCACAGCUCCAAGUCGAAUUACAUCCUGGAUUGCAGCAACCCGAGUUGGUAGACUUUUGUCACAAGCACGGCAUUCAUGUCACUGCUUACUCGCCUCUUGGUAACAAUGUAUAUGGCGAAGAGCGUAUUGUGGAUGACCCCAUCAUUGUCAAUGUCGCUAAAAAGCUCAACAAAUCCCCUGCACAGGUGUGCAUUGCAUUUGCCGCUCAACGAGGCAUCGUAGUGAUCCCCAAGAGUGUCACUGAAUCACGUAUCAAGGAAAACUUUCAGGACUUUGAGCUUUCCAAGGAAGAUUUUGAUGCAGUUGCUAGUUUGGGAUCUAGAAAUAUUCGUUACAAUGAUCCUGGUGUCAAGGAUUGGAACUGCUCCAUCUUUUAG